AUGCGUGCAAGUCGACUCUCCACCGCUCGAUACACGCCCUCUGACGCACCAAGACGGCUGUGUCGCGGCUUGCCACCUCCACCGCGUGCACACUCACCAACCGAAGCCUCCGACAGUACCUCGCAGCCGCCCUCGGACAUGCGCCAGCCUGCGCGCCCUACAAAGCACAAGAAGCGCAAGCCCUCCGACGCGCGUGCACUCGCGCGGGCGAACCCGUGGCUGGGCAUCGAGGCGGCGCACUCAGGGAGCGAGGCUGAGGAUGGUGCAGCCGAGGAUGCGGAUGCGUACAAUGAGCCUUUAUCCACGCAGGCUCCCGUGGGGUACGACCAGGUGGCGGUCCACGGCCGGAGUCUGUUGACGCGGGCCGCGCCGACCGCCAGCGUGCCCAUGUUCGCCUGUGGGACUGCCCGGAGGGACGUAUUCCAUGCGGGGCCUGCGCGAAGCAGUGCGGGAAGGAGUAGCCCGCCGCUGAAUAGCGAGGACGAGUAUGAGCUGGGGACGUUUGUUGUGGACGAUGACAAGAUAGAUGGCCAUUGGUUCCAAAUGAUUGUUUGA